AUGGACUUUGCCCCCAACAUGAGUUCUCACAAUGACCUCGGUGUGGGAAACGAAGGCAACAAAUGUGGCAUUGACUUCAGCCAAGACGCCAUCUUUCUUCCUGUGCUAUAUGGCAUUUUCUUCAUUGUGGGCGUCCCUCUGAAUGUGAUAGCAUUGUAUGGGCUGUACAACUUGAUCAAGUCAGAAAAUGUCCUACCAGUGUAUGUGAUCAACUUGCUAAUCUCAGACCUACUUCAACUCCUCACCCUGCCCCUUUGGAUGGACUACUACAGCAAUGGGCACAACUGGCGCUUUGGGCCCAGAACUUGCCAGGUUAUGGCCCUCAUCUUUUACAUCUGCAUCUACGCAAGCAUAUUUUUCAUGUGCAUCAUCGCUUUGGAGCGCCACCUGGCCAUUGCCCAGCCACUGAAGUUCCAGGCCAUGCGGAGGCUGAAAUAUGCGCGCUGGGUGGCAUUGGGCCUGUGGGCGGUCAUUGCAGUGCCCCCCUCUGUCGCUUUUGACACCUUGUUCCCUGCUAAAGAGAACUACACCCUGUGCAUCGAGAAGUACCCCUCCGGGGGUGGUUUCAUCAUCUAUCGCUUGGUCACUCUGGUCCUUUCCUUUGUUCUCCCUUUCAGUUUUAUCAUCGCCCUCCACAGAAAGACACUCCAGUCGCUGGCAGGGGUGGGCUCCCUAGUUCAGAACGAAAAGAGGCGCAUUCGAAGCCUGCUAACGCUGCUCGUCGUCAUCUUCGUGCUGGUCAUGGGGCCCUACCACUUUAUUGGCUGUGUGAAGUAUGUGGGGCUGCUGCUCCACCCCCAAAUCUGCCAGUGGGAGAGGGACGUGUUUGUGGCCUACCAGCUCGGCCGUGGCCUGCUGAGCCUGAACAGCAUUCUGGACCCUGUGCUGUACAUGUUCUUACGCACCGACUUCAGGGGGUCAGCCUUCAGAUACAUACCCUGUCUGAAGACAGUGGAGUGGAGCCUGAGCCAGCAGAAUCCCUCUCGCGGAAUCUCAGGAGAAAGACCAACCAACUCCACACAAGACUCUGAAUAG